AUGGCAGAUAACACUGAGGUACAUGAAAAUUCUUCAUCAUCUACCCAACAACAUGUUAACAAAGCCAACCAAAUAGUUCCAUUCUACAAGCUCUUUAGUUUUGCUGAUCGUCUUGACGUAACUUUGAUGAUCAUUGGCACUAUUUCUGCCAUGGCUAAUGGAUUUGCAAGUCCUCUCAUGACACUUCUUCUUGGGAAAGUCAUCAAUGCUUUUGGUUCCUCUAAUCAAUCAGAAGUUCUCAAUCAAGUUUCCAAGGUAUCAUUGCUAUUUGUUUACCUGGCUAUUGGGUCUGGAAUAACAUCAUUUCUACAGGUAUCAUGUUGGAUGGUGACAGGAGAAAGACAAUCUGCGAGGAUUCGUAGUUUGUACUUGAAAACCAUAUUAAAGCAGGAUAUUGCAUUCUUUGACACUGAAACAAACACAGGAGAGGUAAUUAGUAGAAUGUCUGGUGACACAAUUCUCAUUCAAGAAGCUAUGGGAGAAAAGGUUGGGAAGUUUCUUCAACUUGGUUCAACUUUUUUUGGUGGCUUUGUAAUUGCAUUUAUAAAAGGAUGGCGCUUAGCUCUAGUCUUACUCGCAUGUGUACCUUGUAUUGUUGUUGCCGGUGCUUUCAUGGCUAUGGUGAUGGCUAAAAUGGCAAUUCGCGGACAAGUUGCUUAUGCAGAAGCAGGAAAUGUUGCUAAUCAAACAGUUGGAUCCAUGAGAACAGUUGCAUCUUUUACUGGUGAGAAAAAAGCCAUAGAGAAGUAUAAUAGCAAGAUAAAAAUUGCUUAUACUGCAAUGGUUCAACAAAGCAUAGCAUCAGGGAUAGGAAUGGGAACGCUUCUCCUUAUUAUCUUCUGCUCUUACGGACUUGCCAUGUGGUAUGGUUCCAAGCUAGUGAUUGCGAAAGGAUAUAAUGGCGGAACGGUCAUGACUGUGGUCAUAGCUCUUGUGACUGGUUCAAUGUCAUUAGGUCAGACAUCCCCAAGCUUACAUGCAUUUGCUGCAGGCAAAGCAGCAGCAUAUAAAAUGUUUGAGACGAUUAAAAGAAAGCCAAAAAUCGAUGCAUAUGAUACCAGUGGUCUUGUGUUGGAAGAUAUAAAGGGAGAUAUUGAACUCAGAGAUGUUCACUUCAGAUACCCUGCAAGACCAGAUGUGGAGAUCUUUGCUGGAUUCUCAUUGUUUGUUCCAAGUGGCACAACUACUGCUUUGGUCGGUCAAAGUGGAAGUGGGAAGUCUACUGUAAUCAGUUUACUGGAAAGAUUCUAUGACCCUAAUGCUGGAGAAGUACUUAUAGAUGGUGUGAAUUUGAAGAACUUGCAACUUAGAUGGAUACGAGAACAGAUUGGACUAGUUAGUCAAGAACCUAUCUUGUUUACUACUUCUAUCCGAGAGAACAUAGCAUAUGGGAAAGAAGGUGCAACUGAUGAGGAGAUAACAACAGCAAUAACACUUGCUAAUGCCAAAAACUUCAUCGACAGGCUGCCUCAGGGUCUUGAUACAAUGGCAGGGCAAAAUGGGACUCAACUUUCUGGAGGGCAAAAGCAAAGAAUUGCAAUUGCUAGGGCAAUAUUGAAGAACCCUAAAAUUCUUCUUCUUGAUGAAGCAACAAGUGCGUUGGAUGCUGAGUCUGAACAUAUUGUUCAAGAAGCAUUAGAAAAAAUUAUAUUAAAAAGGACUACUAUUGUCGUUGCGCAUCGUUUGACUACUAUCAUACAUGCUGACACAAUCGCAGUGGUUCAACAGGGGAAAAUCGUCGAGAGAGGAACUCAUAGCGAGUUAACCAUGGAUCCUCACGGUGCUUAUUCUCAACUUAUUCGUCUACAAGAAGGAGAAAAAGAAGCUGAAGGUAGCAGAAGUUCUGAAGUAGAUAAGUUCGGUGACAAUUUAAAUAUAGAUAUUCACAUGGCUGGAUCUUCAACUCAGAGAAUUUCCUUUGUCAGAUCAAUAAGCCAAACUUCAUCGAUGAGUCAUCGACAUUCCCAGUUGUCUGGAGAAAUAGUAGAUGCAAAUAUUGAACAAGGUCAAGUUGAUAACAACGAAAAACCUAAAAUGUCAAUGAAAAAUUCUAUAUGGCGUUUGGCCAAGUUGAACAAGCCGGAGCUUCCUGUCAUACUACUUGGAACCAUUGCUGCAAUGGUAAAUGGUGUCGUGUUCCCUAUAUUUGGCUUCUUGUUUUCAGCAGUCAUUAGUAUGUUUUAUAAACCUCCAGAACAGCAGAGGAAAGAGUCCAGGUUUUGGUCACUUGUAUAUGUGGGUUUAGGUUUGGUUACACUAGUAGUUUUUCCACUAAAGAAUUACUUCUUUGGGACUGCUGGUGGAAAACUUAUUGAAAGAAUUCGUUCAUUGACAUUUGCGAAGAUUGUGCACCAAGAAAUUAGAUGGUUUGAUGAUCCAGCACAUUCAAGUGGUGCAGUUGGUGCAAGGUUAUCCGUUGACGCAUCAACUGUGAAAGGUAUUGUUGGCGACAGCUUGUCCCUCCUGGUGCAGAACAUAACAACGGUGGUAGCUGGUCUAGUUAUAGCAUUCACUGCUAAUUGGAUUCUAGCUUUUAUAGUUUUGGCUGUGUCACCUUUGAUUCUUAUGCAAGGAAUGGUUCAAAUGAAGUUUCUUAAAGGGUUUAGUGGUGAUGCCAAGGUUAUGUAUGAAGAGGCAAGUCAGGUGGCAAGUGAUGCUGUCAGUAGCAUCAGAACUGUUGCGUCAUUUUGUGCAGAAUCAAAGGUGAUGGACAUGUACGGGAAAAAAUGUUCUGGACCAGCGAAACAAGGUGUUCGCUCGGGGCUUGUUAGUGGUGUAGGAUUUGGUUUAUCUUUUUUAAUUCUAUAUUGCACAAAUGCUUUCAUCUUCUACAUAGGAUCUAUUUUAGUGCAUCACAGGAAAGCAACGUUUGUAGAAAUUUUCAGGGUUUUCUUUAGUUUGACAAUGACAGCAAUGUCUGUUUCCCAGUCUUCUACAUUGUUUCCCGACACUAACAAGGCCAUAGAUUCCGCAGCUUCAAUAUUUAACAUUCUUGACAGCAAACCUGAUAUUGAUUCCAGCAGCAAUGAUGGUGUAACACAAGAAACUGUCGUUGGCAACAUCGAACUUCAACACGUCAACUUUAGUUACCCAACAAGACCCGACAUUCAAAUUUUCAAAGAUUUAACCCUAAGCAUCCCAUCUGCAAAGACUGUUGCUUUGGUUGGAGAAAGCGGCAGUGGAAAAUCAACAGUUAUCAGCCUCUUAGAGAGAUUUUAUGACCCUAAUUCCGGACGCGUAUUACUAGAUGGAGUGGAUAUCAAAACUUUCAGAAUAAGCUGGUUGAGACAACAAAUGGGUUUGGUUGGUCAAGAGCCUAUUCUUUUCAACGAAAGCAUUCGCGCCAACAUAGCUUAUGGUAAAGAAGAUGGUGCUACGGAGGAUGAGAUCAUAGCAGCAGCGAACGCAGCCAAUGCACACAACUUCAUAAGUUCUCUUCCUGAUGGUUAUGACACUUCUGUUGGCGAAAGAGGCACACAACUAUCUGGAGGACAGAAGCAGCGCAUUGCGAUUGCAAGAGCCAUGCUGAAAAACCCUAAAAUACUUUUGCUUGAUGAGGCAACAAGUGCACUUGAUGCCGAGUCAGAGCGUAUAGUUCAAGAGGCUCUAGAUAGAGUGAGUUUGAACAGAACUACUGUCAUCGUGGCUCAUCGUCUUACAACAAUUCGAGGCGCUGAUACUAUAGCAGUAAUAAAAAAUGGGAUGGUUGCUGAAAAGGGAAGACAUGAUGAGUUGAUGAACAAUACUCAUGGUGUUUAUGCUUCAUUAGUAGCUCUUCAUUCAACUGCAUCAUAA